AUGGCUUACCGGAAUUACCGGUCACGGAUUUGCAAUCGAAACCGGGGAUUUAUAUAUAAAAUGUCACCGGAGUCCGUCGAUCUUGGAGGAUCUGAGCUGACCCUAGCUCUGCCCGGCGCUCCCAUAAAGGCAUCGGACGGUCAACAAAAGUCCGGAAACAAACGUAGGUUCAUCGAGACCAUUGACUUGAAACUCGGGUAAAGGACACGUGAACACUAUUUAUAUCUCAUGCAACACUUAUACUUAGCACGUGGCCGAUUGGUAGGGUGGCCGCCGGUGAAGACGGCGAGGCGGAGGAAACACGUGAAAGUGGCAGUGGAUGGUGUGGCCUAUCUCAGAAAAGUCGAUCUAGGGAUGUACGAUUGCUACGGACAACUGUUCACCGCUCUAGAAAACAUGUUUCAGGGGAUAUUUAAUGUGACCACAGCUUUGGAGAGGAACGGGGAGUUUAUGGCAACUUACGAGGAUAAGGACGGUGACUGGAUGUUAGUCGGAGAUGUGCCGUGGAUGAUGUUUGUGGAAUCGUGCAAACGUAUGCGGUUGAUGAAAACCGGUGAUGCUAUUGGGUUAGGCUCAGCCAAAUAG